AUGAAGAAGCUACCACAUAAGCUCGGAGGAUAUGCUAAAUACAGGGAAAUAGAUGAUAAAAUGCAUGGCACUGUUUGGAAUGCCCGUUCUGCAGAGUCUUUUGAGAAAGAUUGGUAUGUUUGGAAGACCUUUACGAAGAUCGUCGAAUGUGGGUUCCAAUAUAUUUCCAAGGUGAAUUUUGGGCUGUUCGUGCAUGAGUAUGACAAUGUGCUUGGGAACAAAGAGCAAAAAGAACUGAAGGAUGAUGCUGCAGACUCUAAAGGAGUUGCCCCAUGUUCAUCGAGCUCUACAAUUGAAAGACAAUUUCAGUGUGAGUACACAACCUCUAAGUUUAGAGAAGUCCAACAUGAAUUCAGUAAAAGAGGGGAUUGUUUAGUCCGUGGGGUCACUCAAGAGGGUGAUUUGUUUCGGGUGACCAUGAACGAGCAAUACCUACUGUAUGGGGAGCCUAGAUCUUGGAAGUACAGUGUUGAGUUUGACCCCAAGACACACAAGGUUCGGUGCGAAUGCAACAUGUUUGGAUCCAGAGGUAUUAUUUGUUGCCACUGUCUUGCUGUGUUGUUUUAUUAUGGAGUAGACACAGUACCAUCUUGCUAUGUUAUCCCUCGAUGGAGCAAUAAUGUACAGAGAAAACACACUUUCAUCAAGAGCAGCCAUGACGAGAAGCGAUCGAACGAAAGCCACAACUUAUUUAGACGACUGUGUUCACACUUCUACAAUGUAGCACAAGAUUUUGUGACAUGCGAAGAAGAAGCAGCCAUGUUACAUUCGGGUCUUGAUCAGUUAAGGUCAAAGUUGCUUGAUUAUCGUGCGAACUUGGUGUCCAGGCGUGUUCCAAGUUCACAAAAUAGCACAGUCACACAGGGCGACCCCCAUCUUGGUUAA